AUGGCAACCAUCGAUGCCCAGGACCUCCGAAGGGCGAUUGGUCGCUUUCGAGUUCUGAUCGCAGUGAGAGCAAACGCAGGCAAAACGACCAUUCUUCAGAAGAUCGAUGCUGCCAUCGUGAGAUCCUCGAUCAAGCGGGCUCUGAAGAAGAAUUUGAGAACAUGCAAAGAUUUGUCUUGCAAUGUACACACAACAAAAUUAGAGGAGCGAAUCCAUGUUAUCUGGUAUUGUAUUCCAAUGGACGACUCAAGUCAAACAUUCCAGCGGUCGGAAGAGAAGUUCUUCUUGGAGUGCGACACUGGGCAUGAUCUUCAGUUUCCGUGGUCGCGGUUUUCACCAAGUUCGAAGCUCUACGUGCGUUUACGUAUGGAGACAUCAAGAAGCAACUACGAGGGGUAUCAGGAGAAGAAUGCUCAAAGAGGAUUGCCCAGCGCGUUGAAGAACUGUUCACAAAUGCGUGUUUUGAAUGAGUUGUACAAGCCCGAAAACCGUGCCCGUCCUAAGUAUCAUGUACGCUUGCAGAAUUUAGGCUUGCGCUCGUCAAAUGAUCAUUGUUAUUUCUCGUUUUCAAUCAUGACAAUCCAAGAGCUAGCUCCGUAUGCUACAAUGCUCAAGCGGACGGGCAUGACGACUGACAAGAUUGUCGAUGCUCGUCGAGACAGUACACAGCCUGGGGACCACGACGAACGCCAGAGAUAA